AUGACCGAUCAGGCUCCGGGCAGAAAGCCCAACCGGCGGCCGAGACACCGUGGCCGCGGCGGCGGCGGUGGAGCAGGAGAAAACGGUGGAGGUGGUGGCCGGGGCGGUGGCCGUGGCGGUGGCCGUGGUGGGCGCAACGGCGGGCCGCGUACGCAGGGCGACGACGGCGAUGUCGCUAUGACCGACGCCGUCGACACGCUGCGUCCCUUCCCGCCGCCUGUGGCCUCGGGCGUUUCGUCCAACAACAUGUCUGGUGUGGCCACGCCGAUGCUGAGCGAGGCGGUGCCGUCGGACACGCCGCGGUUCAGCGACAUCAACGCCAACGGCGUGGUGGUGGACCCGGUGCUGAUCGACACGAUCACGCACGACCUCCAGUUUGCGCACAUGAUGCCCGUGCAGGCGGCCACGAUCCACGAGCUGCUGCCGCCCAAGCGGCUGGACGCGCUCGUGCAGGCCAAGACGGGCACGGGCAAGACGAUUGCCUUUUUGCUGCCGGCGAUCCAGACGAUGCUCAACAAGCGGCGGGGGCCGUCGACGCGCCAGGAUAACCACAUCUCGCUGCUGGUGAUGGCGCCGACGCGCGAGCUGGCGAUGCAGAUUGCCAAGGAGGCCAAGAACCUGCUGCAGCGCCUGCCCGACUACCACGUGUGCAUUGCCGUGGGCGGCACGAACAAGGACCGCGAGGAAAAGCAGAUUCUAGCCGGCUGCGACAUUUUGGUGUCGACGCCGGGCCGCCUGCUGGACCACGUGUCGGGCACGCCCGCCAUCCGGGACGCGCUGGCCCGGCUCGACACGCUGGUGCUCGACGAGGCCGACCGCCUGCUGGACAUGGGCUUCCUGCCGGCCCUCAAGAGCAUCGUGGCUUGCCUGCCCGACAAGGUGUCAACGCGCCGGCAGGGCAUGCUGUUUUCGGCGACCGUGCCGUCGCACGUCGCGCAGGUCGCCAGCCUCGUGCUGUCGCCGGGCUACCGCUCCAUUUCCACCAUUCCCAAGGGCGAGGCGUCGACGCACGCGCGCGUCACGCAGCUGCUCGUCGAGGUGCCUACGUUUGCCGACCUGGCGCCGGCCCUCGUGGGCGCCCUCCGCCGGGAGCAGCAGCAGCUGCUGGGCGCGCAGGGCGCGCAGGGCGCCGGCGGCACGUUCAAGGCCAUUGUGUUUGCGCAGACGGCGGCGCUCGCCGACUUUUACGGCUACCUGCUGGCGAACCUGCCGGACAUGCCGCCCUCCUGGACGCUGCACGCGCGCCACGCGCAGUCCAAGCGCACAAACGUGACCAGCGCCUUCCGCGGCGCCGCCACGGGCAUUUUGGUGGCCACGGACGUCGUAGCGCGCGGCAUGGACUUCCCGGCCGUGACCACCGUGUUUCAGGUCGGCCUGCCCAUGGACAAGGAGUCGUACAUCCACCGGUUGGGCCGCACGGCGCGUGGCGCCGCGGGCACGGACCCGUCCAACGGCGCCGGCCCCGAUGCCGGGUCGUCGGGCGCCGAGGUGGGGCGCGGCGUGUUUCUGGUGGCCUCAAUCGAGUCCUACUUCCCGACACGCGUGCUGCGCGAAAUCAACUUUGUGCGCACGGAGCCCGACUUGUCGAGCACCGCGCAGCUGGGCCCCAUCAUCGACCGCAUGGAGGAGUCGAUGGUGGGCAAGACGUACCAGGCGUGGCUCGGCUACUACAACGGGCACAUGAAGGGCCUGCACUGGGACAAGGCGCUGCUGGUGGCGGCGGCCAACGAAUUCGCGCGCGAUGGGCUGCACGCGGUGAGUACGCCGGCCAUCCAAAAGUCGACGGUGGGCAAGAUGGGCCUCCGGGGCACGCCAGGGCUGGUGGUCGUGGCGGAUGCGCCGCGGACGCACCGUGGCGGAGGCGGAGGUGGACGCGGUGGAGGUAGUGGCGGCGGCGGCGGCGGCGGCAGACGCGGUGGUCGGAACUGA